CCCUUCGUUUUGCAUGCAAAUGAAAAUGUUCUUUUUGUGAUGUUUUUAUGAGAUAUAUUGAUAGGGCACUUGGGAUGGAAGAUGAAGUGAUGGAACCCCAGGAUUGUGAAGAUAUUCAUAAUUGUUUGAUAAAGCUGAGAAGUAGUCCCCAAAGGAGAAGGGAUAAGGUUUACAUUGGGUGUGGAGCAGGGUUUGGUGGUGACAGGCCUUUGGCUGCUCUUAAGUUGCUUCAAAGAGUCAAAGAACUAAAUUAUUUGGUCCUUGAAUGCCUGGCAGAACGUACUCUAGCUGAUCGUUAUCAAAUCAUGGUGUCUGGUGGUGAUGGUUAUGAUUCUCAGAUUUCUAACUGGAUGCAUAUGCUGCUGCCUCUAGCUUUGGAAAGAGGAACUUGCAUAAUUACCAAUAUGGGUGCUAUGGAUCCUCUGGGUGCUCAACAGAAGGUCAUUGAAAUAGCUAGCAGCCUGGGACUUAAUGUUUCUGUUUCUGUUGCUCAUGAGGUGUCUAUAAAAAAUUUAGGUUCAGGGUUUUCACCAGCAAAAUCAUAUAUCAUGGAGGGUGGUAUCAGCACCUACUUGGGAGCCACUUCUAUUGUUCACUGUCUUGAAAAAUACCAACCAAAUGUAAUAAUUACUUCAAGAAUUGCAGAUGCUGCUUUAUUCUUAGCUCCUAUGGUUUAUGAACUAGGUUGGAACUGGGAUGAAUGGGAGCAUCUAGCUCAGGGAUCCUUGGCUGGGCAUCUUCUAGAGUGUGGCUGUCAACUCACAGGGGGAUAUUUCAUGCAUCCAGGAGACAAGUACCGUGAAAUGUCCUUCCUGCAACUACUGGAUUUAUCACUUCCUUAUGCUGAAAUUUGUUAUGAUGGACAAGUGUGUGUAGCAAAGGCUGAAGGUAGUGGGGGAGUUUUAAAUUUUAAUACGUGUGCUGAACAAUUACUCUAUGAGAUUGGAGACCCUGGUGCUUAUGUGACCCCUGAUGUAGUCAUUGAUUUUCAGGAUGUUUCAUUCCUUCCAUUAUCUAGCUGUAGAGUUCGCUGUCUUGGGGCAAAACCAUCUACUAUAUCAGUUCCUGAUAAACUUUUGCAGUUGGUUCCAAAGGAUUGUGGAUGGAAAGGAUGGGGAGAGAUAUCUUAUGGAGGUUACGAAUGUGUUAAACGUGCUAAAGCUGCUGAAUAUCUGGUUAGAUCAUGGAUGGAAGAAAUAUUUCCUGGUCUUAAUCACCAUAUACUUUCUUAUAUAAUUGGGUUUGAUAGCCUCAAAGCUGUCAGCAGCAGUGAAGAUGUGUCACCAGAGAGGACUAGUGAAGAUAUUAGGUUACGCAUGGAUGGACUUUUUGAGCAGAAGGAACAAGCUGUCCAAUUUGCUAGAGAAUUCACAGCAUUGUAUACAAAUGGACCAGCUGGUGGUGGUGGUAUCAGUACUGGAUAUAAGAAAGAGAUUCUUCUAGAAAAACAGUUGGUUACGCGUGAAGAUGUUUUCUGGCGAACCGCGAUGAAGAGGAACACAAGAAGCCAGUCAAAUAAAGUAGUUGAUCCUGAAUGCAAUCUGAGACAAACAUUGACAUUGCCACCUAAGUUACAAGAUGAAACUGACAAAUCCUCAACAGAAUUUGUUUUCCCUGAUAGGAGUUGCUCAUCUGCUCCAUCUGGCCAGAAGAUUCCACUUUACAAUGUAGCACAUAGCAGAGCUGGUGAUAAAGGAAAUGACAUAAACUUUUCCCUUAUCCCACAUUUUCCUCCAGAUAUUGAGAGGCUGAAACUAGUUAUUACAUCUCAAUGGGUAAAAUCAGUGGUCUCACCUCUUCUGGAUUUGUCCACUUCUCCUGAUUUAGAUGCAAGACAUCAAAGAGAUAAAUGGGUCAAUGAAAAUGUUGAAGUGGAGAUAUAUGAAGUUAAGGGAAUCCAUUCAUUGAAUAUUGUUGUCAGGAACAUCCUAGAUGGUGGUGUCAACUGUUCUAGAAGAGUUGAUCGGCAUGGAAAGACCAUUUCAGAUCUCAUACUAUGCCAACUAGUUGUGUUACCUCCAUGAUCAAGUGACUUUCUAGUAAUAUAUAUGUAACGACCUCGAAAUUAUUUAGAAAAUAAAAAAACAAUGGAUUCGUCACUAAUUUUAUUUAA